AUGAUGAAGAAACAAGGAGCUGGUGGUCAACCAUUGCCACCUCAACAACAGCAACAGCAGCAAAGACCACCACAACCAGCACCUGCACAAGCAAAGAAACCAGCAGCUAUCGUACUCUCACAGAUUCCCAACAUCUCUAGUAAAGUACUGAACCUUACAUCUAUAAGAGAGCAAUCAAAGAGAGAACUAGGUGAAGCAUUAGAUAUACUGAAAGGUGGUAAAGCAUUGGUUAUGGAUCCAAAGGUUAUUGGUCUACUUAAUCUUAUUGUUGAUCCACAAUUCCUUAAUAGUCAUGGAGCUGAAAGAAACUAUGAAUUAAAAACAGGUAAACUUGAAACAAAUUCAUCAAAUAUUAUAUAUAUUAUUAGACCAAAAAUUAAAUAUAUGCAUAUUAUAAAGGAACAUAUUCAAAGACAUUUAGAUGAAGGAUUGAAAAAGACAUAUGCAAUUGUAUAUAUACCUAGAAGUACUAUUUUAGCACAGAGAGUGUUGGAAGAGGAAGGUGUUGCUGGUAACAUCGAAGCAACCUACGAAUUACCACUGGAUAUAGUACCGUUCGACGAAGAUGUAUUAUCACUAGAGCUACCAUCUGCAUAUAAAGAAUUCCUAUUGGAAGGUGAUCGUACCUCUCUCUUUUACGUCGCCAAAUCACUAAUGAAGUUACAAUCAAUGUUUGGUACAAUUCCACUUGUAAAAGGAAAAGGUCAAUGUUCAAGAUUGGUUAUGGAUUUAAUUACAAGAAUGAGAAAGGAAAUGGGAGAAGAGUCAACUGUACCACCAGAGAUUGAUUCUUUGAUAUUGAUAGAUAGAGACGUCGAUUUGAUCACUCCGAUGUGUACACAAUUGACCUAUGAAGAGGAGAUCAAUGAGACCAACCCAACCGAUAUGGCCUAUGUCUACAGUGGUUACGCGCCACUCAGCUGUCGUCUCGUUCAACAAGCGAUUAGACCCGGCGGCUGGAAGGCAAUCGAAGAGACACUCCGACUACUGCCCGGACCGACAUUCGAGGAGAUACAACCACUGCCACAAGGUGCCACCACCAACGUAAAGAGUGACCGUAAACCGAUUACAUUGGUCUACUUUAUCGGUGGUGUAACAUUCGCAGAGAUCUCUGCACUUCGUUUCCUCUCAAGACAAGAUCAAGCCAAUCGUGAUUUUAUCAUUAUCACCACCAAACUUAUCAACGGUGAUACAUUAGUUGAUAAUUUAGUUGAAAAGUUGGAAGAUGAUUAA